ACUAGACCUAGAACCCUGGAGGAGAUACACCGCUGGUUCAAGACAGAAUCCAAACCCGUCUGUGAGGUUUGGUGUCACUUUUCUUUCUCCCACUUAAGACCUCAUGAACUUCAUAAGCAGCAGAUGUGGGCGGGGUCUGAAGAGUGUGGGGGAUACUGGCCCUUGAAGACCUGGAACUGGACCUUAAUGGUAGACACACAGAGCCGUCCCUUCAGGUUCUGUCGACUAUUUUUGUGUGAACCCAUGAAGCUGCUGUAAUGAAGAAUUUGUGUUUGCAGGGAUGAACAACUCCAUGGAGAAUCAGACCAACAUCUCCGACCUGGACAGUAUCUUCAUACUUCGGGUCCUGCCCUCGCUCUACUGCCUCAUCUUCGUGGUGGGUCUGCCUCUCAACUGCAUGGCUGCCUGGAUGUUCUUCCGAGUUGCUGCAGAGUCUGGCCUGGUGGUCUACCUGCAGAACAUGAUGCUGGCCGACCUCCUCAUGCUAAUCACCAUCCCCCUGAGAGUGGCAGAUACUCUGGGUCUCAAGAACAAGGAUGUCUUCAUCAUCACUUGCAGAUACGCUAACAUGCUCUUCUUCACUUGCUUGCUCACGGGAAUCCUCUUCGUCUGCUUCAUCAGCCUCGAGCGCUAUGUCAAGAUUGUCCAUCCCUCGUCUUCUGCCUCCUGCACAUCCAGGUUUAGUGUGCUAUCCUUGCUGCGCUAUCUGGAGAAGACCAGGCAUGCUUGGGUGGUGGUGGCCAUCAGCUGGGUCGUCGUCCUGUCCAUUGUGCUGCCGAAUGUGGUGAUGACGAGCCUGGCACCAACGGGACAGACCUUCCAGGACUGCAUGGAGCUGAAGACGCCGAUGGGAGUGAUUUGGCACACAAGGGUCAUUCUCUUUGAUGCAUCUUUGUUCUGGGUGACGUUGGUCAUCGUGACCUUCUGCUACGGCUCCAUCGGCGUGGAGGUGUACAGGUCACAGACAGGCAUGUGCCAGGACAGCACCGGUGCCUGCAACCGGUCCAGCCGCAGCAUCUUCAGCAUCCUGGUGAUGUUCUUCAUCUGCUUUGUGCCGUACCACGUGUGCCAUGUGAAGUGUAGUCUCAGUCAGAUUCAAGGGUCAAACGACGGCUGCCACGACAGUCUUAUACUUCACCACCUGAAGGAGGUGUCGCUCUUCCUGUCAGCUCUGACCGUCUGCCUCAACCCCGUCGUCUACCUGCUGAUGUGUCCAAAAUUCCAAGAGACUCUGAGGAGGAAACUGUCUGAGAGGAGAAGGAGGAGAUCCCAGACAGUCCUCUCAGCCCAGACUCCGAGCAACACCUGAGAGACGGCGUGAGACGAGGAGUGAGGCUCUUUCCUGCCCUCUAGUGGUGUCAGAAUGUCACUACACCCAGAACCUGAGAGUUGAGGAGAAAACACAUAAUUCUCAUCAGCAAGUUUCUCCUCCUUCAUCACCUGAAUCCACCGACAGUAAGGAACAGUUUGUUCACUUAAUCGACUGAAACAUGAAAACCAAUAAAUAAAGGAACCAUGACGGAUGUCAU